UACAAUUUCAAGGCGCCAGUUUAAAACGGAUUUUAUUGUGUACAAACAUUGACAAUAUUUGUUGUUUUUCUCGCAAACUGGAUUUGCGAUCAGAAUGGUUACCUGACAGAGUUGCACGAUAAUAAACUGAAUUACAAAUAUGCCAAAAGAGACGGGCAUGGGUGAAGUGAUUGAGGACUACCAAGUUUUAAAUUUACUUGGGAAGGGAGGCUUUGCCUGUGUCUAUCGAGCCAGGUCAAAUAAAACUGGACAGGAAGUUGCUAUAAAAAUGAUUGACAAGAAAUUAAUGAAAGCUGCUAACAUGGUCGCCCGAGUGAGGAAAGAGGUAGAAAUUCACUCGAGACUGAAGCAUCCGGCUGUACUGGAGCUGUACAAUUAUUUUGAAGACUCAAACUAUGUGUACUUGGUUCUGGAGAUGUGUCACAAUGGAGAGGUACAGAGAUAUCUAAAGUCCAACUGCAAAGUCUUAUCAGAAGAUGAAGCCCGUCUCUUCAUGAAGAACAUUGUGGAGGGGAUUCUGUAUCUGCACUCACACGGGAUACUGCACCGCGACCUCACUCUGUCCAACCUGCUACUCACCCGCGACAUGGACAUUAAAAUUGCUGACUUUGGCCUUGCAACACAGCUAAGUGUUCCCGAUGAAAAACAUUUCACGAUGUGUGGAACACCAAACUACAUAUCUCCUGAGGUUGCAAUGCGAUCUGCUCAUGGUUUAGAGACUGAUGUGUGGUCUCUAGGAUGCAUGCUGUACACAUUUCUAGUAGGACAGCCUCCAUUUGAUACUGACGGAGUGAAAAAGACACUUAAUCUGGUUGUCACUGCACUGUAUAGUGUACCUGACUAUCUCUCACCAGACGCACAGGAUUUAAUCCAGUGUUUAUUACGUAAAAAUCCUAAGGACAGAAUUUCUAUAAGAGAUAUUUUUAGUCACUCUUUUAUGACAAAGACAUCAGUAUUAAAUAAAGCCAAUUCACACAAGCAGUAUUCUGAGUUGUCUAUGGAUAGUGGUCGUGGCACCAUGGCUACCGUUUUGUCUGGGCGUUCUGCCGUCAGUACGAGGGGGAAGCCAUUUCCUGCGUUCCCAAUCCGAGACGUGCAGAGUCAGAUAUCGGAGGAUGACGAACGGGUCUUGGGCAGCCAAUGGUACACUGGUUCCGAUACCGGCAGCUACACAGGGUAUGGUACAACCAGCUCACAGCAGAGACAUCCACCAUCGCCGCCAGUCCGGCUACGGGACAGUGAAAAAGAAGCUGAGAUGAUCUUUGCCAAACACCGCUAUGAAGGCAGCAAUAACAUGGGCUUUCCACACAGCCAGGUUACAAACGAACAUGAUGUGAUGCGAAAAACAUCUCAGGAAAAUAUUGUAGACAGUGUGAAAACACAAAAUGACUACGUGUUAUCAAACCGUCUGGGUGGCGUCCACCAGUUCGAUCCCACACGGUACCAGGACCAUAACUCUUGUACUCCAAGCACGUCGAGCCUAUCUUGCGGUAAUUCAUUCCACAGUAAUAGCACUGGAAAGUUUCAAAGUCCGGCCGUGCCGUCGGAGGUCAGCAGUGGCGGGGACUUUGUGAGGACGUAUCUGAACAAUGUCUCCGACCACUCCUCCCAGGACGGUCAGUUCAGUCUGCAGGCGACGAAGAAAGUCUUGACGUUCGAUUCAAAACCCGGCAGCUUGCAUGAACAGGAACCUGUGUCUGCUAAUGGCCACUUGGGCGGUAAUUCUAACGGAAACAGUGUUCAGUACGGGGGUUUGUCGUCGCACUUGAGGAACAUUGCGGGACCCAUCGAGUUCCAGUCCCCAUACGGACACCGCGUGGAACUGUCGGAGAGAGAUGUGGUUUCGUGUGUCAAAACGAGCUCGUCUCGGGAGUACAAGAAUCAGCAGAGCAAGGAGAAGAGUGCAGCUGUUACCGAGCUCUCUGCACCAUUGAACUGCGACCGAUUGAGGCCAAUAAGACAGAAAACGAAAAAUGCUGUGGUAAACAUCUUGGAGUCGGGUGAAGUGUGUCUGGAGUUUGUCCGUCACAAAGGCAAACAGGAGAAGGUGAUCGAGGUCUUCUCCAUCUCAUCAGAUGGUCAGCACAUCAGCAUCUUCCAGCCCAACAACGGCCAUGGGGUCCUCAUCGCUGAUGACCCUCCGUCGCCAGGUCAAGGUCCCCUGAAAACCUUCACCUUUGGUACCAUGCCAGAGAAAUACUACAAGAAGUACCAGUAUGCUACAAGGUUUGUGAAUCUUGUGAGAUCCAAGACACCAAAGGUGACAAUCUACACUCGCCGGGCAAAGUGCAUGUUAAUGGAGAACUCACCCGAUCCUGACUUUGAAGCUGUCUUUUAUGAUGGAUCGAAGUUCACAGCCAACUCCAAGGGUAUGCGCAUUAUUGAGCGUAAUGGAACGUCACUGUCUUUAGAAUCUCAAGGCGCCAUUGACCAGCACCUAAGUGCUGACACAAAAGAAAUCCUUGAAUAUGUUCAAGAUACCCGAAAGCAGUGCUUCACCCUUGAGUCAGUGAUCAGCAAGAUACAGGGUUCCAGCGGUAGUAAGGACCAGUUGUUCCCAGUAAUCGUUGGUCGUCGGCCUUCGUCGAGUCUCGGGGACAUCAGCAAGUCUAGCUACACGACCUCUGACACACGAUCCUCGUCAGACCCUAACGACACCAAGUGCUCACAAAUGAAACCGUCCACACCUAUGAUGUCAUCGUUUGAUGGUACAGUCAUCAGUAAUGUGACAGACUGCAACAGUCGAGCUGUAUCUUGUAUGACAUCAACACAGAAUACAACACUGACGUCACAAGUGUCCACGACGACGAAAAGUACGUCGUCUGAUCUGAGCGCGGGUGGCAGCGUGGUACGUAAGGCAGCUUCAGAAGUCAUUCAGCAGAUGUUUGUCCCAAACAUUGGAUGGGCAUCACAGCAUUCAAAUGGUGAAAUCUGGGUGAAAUUUAAUGAUGGCACGCAACUUGGAGUGAAGUCGACUGCCACUACAGUCACAUUCAUGGACCACCACGGCCAGACUUUAAGGUACCAUCAAAGUGACAUUCUGCCAAAUUUUGUCAAGGUGAAGCUAGAGAAGGUACCCGUGGUGUUGGAAUACCUGCGAACAAGAGCAUCCAAAAUGUCUAUGGUUUCUUCGUCACAGUCGUGAAUCUAGACAGGACACUGUAGUGUUGUUAUCCAGAAAUACAAACAAAAGUGCCUGACAAGUUUUUAAUAUAUAUAUCCACAGUGCCAUAAACCCACCCAUGUAAAUAAACUGCCUAUUUGUGUGUACGAUUUAUGUACACAUUUGAUAGAACUAUUUAUUUGUAAAUAUUUCAGCUAUGUAAAUAUGUACAUAGGCAGCUACAAUGUGCUCACCGAAUUCUCAGAAAUUCAUAGACCAAGUUAGUGAUCACAUGCAUUGUGUUCAUACAUGGAUUUGUUCAUCCAUCAUGGAUUAUGUUCAUACAACAUCGAUUAUGUUCCAAGUUCAAUUAAAUUCUUUAAUUUAGUUGAAAUAUUCAAUAUAUUAGACAGAGUGACUGAGAUUUUAUAUUAUGAUUAUGUCAUUGAGUUGGUAUAACUUUCGAAGUUUUGUUAGAAAAUAACCUUUUUCUGUUUUAUUGUUAUUAAAUUUAUAUUUAUUUAUACAUAAAUGUAUUUUAACAGUAUAUAUUUUUAUUUUAUUUUAGUUUUAAGAAAAAGCUAUGAAACUAAAAAUUGUGUCCAGUAUUUAUUAUUCAUAUCUUACGUAUCUGAUAUUUUAAAAUAAUAUGAACAUCUAGAUUAGUCUAGGAAUCAUCAUUGAAAAUCAUAUAUAUCAGAUUUUUCUGUCAAGUUAUAGAUGAAAUAGUCUUCCAGAAAAAUAAAUCAUUAUCUGAG